UAUAAAACAAUGUAUAAAAAGAAGAAGAGUUCAUGGAAGAAAACUCUAACCUAAUAAUAUGUAAUCUAUUAUUUUAUAUUGAUAAAUUGUAUAAAUAAAUUAAAUACUGGUAAAGUGAAAAUAGUUGAUAAGUAUUGAUUUGUAUUAGUGGAUUUUUAUUAUUUACGUAACCGAAAUAAUUAAAAAAUGGAUUUAACAAAUUAUUUCAAAAUAACAAAAAUACCAUAUACUUUUAACAAUUUAAACAAGAAAGAGUCUUUAUCGUAUGGAGAAAAUAUCAAAAAAGGAUUAAAAAAUAAGCCGAAUAAUCUAAAAUAUUAUAAAAACCAUACUGAAAAUGAUUCAGAAGGUUCAUCUGAAGAUGAAAUAUCGCAGAAAGAAAAACAAAUUAAAUUAGAUGCUCUUAUUAAGAAGAUUUCACAAAGUGAACGUAAUGUAGAGCAUCAAGAAAUAAAUCACAAACUUUCAAAAGAAACAUACGUUAAUUCUGAAAAUUUCAACCUACAAUGUGAAAAUUCAGAAGGUACCACUAGUAUACUAAUUGAAAAAUUUAAUACCAAUUCAGAUGACUGUACUAUGCAAUCUCCAGAUUUUGUCAAACAUGGAAGUAAAACUGAACUUAAAAACAUUUCAUUCCGACAAGUUAUGAAAGAUAUUACAAAUAAUUAUAAAUAUAAAGAUACUGAUUCCUCAAGUUGUGAAAGUGAUUCUGAUGACAAACUUACCAGACCAAAUUUACGUGAAUAUUUGAAUUUGACUCAACAAAAUACUAAUAGAAUCGAUUCCGAUACUUAUACUGCUUCAUAUAGUAAAUCUGAUUCUAAAAGAGAAAGAUUUUCGAAUUUAGUUCUUAAUAUAAAGAAAAAAAUUAGUGACAGUGAUAAAACUGAGAAUUUUAGAAAUAGCUUGAUGUAUUUGAAAGAUUUACAAAGUUCUAAUUCAAAACAUUCAAGUGAACAGUCAACAGAAAAUAGUUUUGACUUUAUAGAUCCACAAUUUUUGGAUAAUAAUAGUAGAAAAACUUCUGAAGGAAAGGAUAUUUUAUUGGAUGAUAAUUUACAGAAAAGAAGAUAUUCCAAAGUAGAUAUGUCUUCUUCUGAUAGUGAUACUACAGUGUUACAAGACUUUUUGAAAUCUCCAAAUGCUCUGGAAAGAUGUAAAAACAUUGAUAAUGGAAUGAAAUCUGAUAAUAAUAAUAAUAAUAAUACUGAAAAUACUGGUAUUGAUAAUGAUUCAUGGAGCUUUCCGAAAACAUCAAAGAACAUUUCUGAAAUACCUCAAAACCAAGUUAAACCUAAUAUAUUUUCUUCAAAAGAUUUUCUCGAGGAAGUAAGUCCCUUAUUUGAAUUUACGAAUGAUAUAGAUUUCCUUGUGGGACCUAACAGCAAUAAACAAGAGCCUCUGUCUUGUCAAAUAUUUAACGACAGACAAAUAUACGAGAUUCUCAACAAAGAAUAUGAAAAACAUUUGACGCAACAAGAAGUUAUGCCUCAAAACCCGGACAGUUCACAAAUAUUUCAGUCAGAACACUUUGUCAAAGAAGUCAGUCCCGUUUUUGAUCGUACAAAUGACAUUAAAUCCCUUGUCGGAUCGAGUAUAAAUAAAACGGAGUCUCGGCGAUGUCCGAUAUUGAAUGACGAAGAAAUUUACGGGAUCCUCAAUGAAGCAUAUGAAAAACAGUUGAAAAAACAAGAAAUGAUUGCCAAUGAGGCUUCUUCUUCAAACAUAUCUAUAAUAGAAAAACUAACGAAGCGAAUUCCGUCGGAUAGGAGCAAACAUUUAAAUUCGGGGAAAUGUUUAAAGAGGUACAAGAAGGGGAAAACUAAGAUUUAUAGACUUAAAAAAAUGAAGAAACUACAAGUAAAGUCAGCAGAAAAAUCUAAUGAAUCUGAGAUGGAAGGUAUUUUGAAGCGAAUGACUCAAAAUUAUAUAUACCCGGAAUCGCAAUUUAUCGAAUCGGAAAGUUGCAGUUCAAUUUCCACUUUGUCUUCAUAUAUUACAGACGAUAACAAAUCCGAAGUAUCAACAGAAUCUAUGGAAUUGAAUGAACCACAACAGACAAUGAGGAAGCAAUUAAACAAGAUCCUUCGAGAAGAAAAGUUAUCACUGAACAGUGAAAUCCUGAAUAAUUCCGAAUAUGAAAAAAAAGAAAUAAGAAGAAAGAUACGGGAUAUUUUUCUUAUGAUCUACGAUGAUUUUUCCAAAGGGAAAAGUUCAUAUUUAAAGUACAGAAGACAGAAUUUUGAUAAUUGUAUAUUCAAAGAUAGAAGAUUACAGUUUAAACCUUUGAAUGAAUGUACGACUUCUGUGAUCAAAUCAACAGCAAAAAACAGUCGAUUCAAGUUGAUUUUAUACUUGAUGAAUAAAAUUCAGAUCCUUUUGGAAACCAAUACAAAACUAACUAAAAGGGAACUUUAUUAUCAAAUGAAAGAAAUGAUAAAAAAUCAGUCGAUUAUGGAUAACGCUAUAAACGUUGUUAGUUGUAUUUUAGAUUCUGGCAUGUGGAUGUUGAAUAUAGUCGCUCAAAAAGGUUUGGUUUAUGGAGAACUUGAAAUUUUGAUGUCUAACGGAGCGAUUUUAAAUUGUAAAGUACCUGGAACUUCAAUACCUCAUGAUAUAAGCGAAAUAGCCGAAAUACAAACAACUGCAUCUUUUAUUCUCGUUGUUGAAAAAGAAGCGAUUUUUUAUAAAUUGAUAGAAGAGGGUCUGUUUAAAAAAUUACCCAAACCUUUUAUAAUGAUAACCGGUAAGGGUUUCCCAGAUCUGAAUACCCAAUUAUUCUUAAGGAAACUCUGGAUAGUGAUGGCCGUUCCAAUUUUUAUUCUAGUCGAUGCCGAUCCUCACGGUGUACAAAUAAUGCUCAAUUAUAAAUUUGGAUCCGUUCACAACGCCCACGUAUCUCAACACUUGGCUGUACCUAAUGCGAAAUGGUUGGGGAUAUAUCCAUCGGAAAUAAAAGAAUUCGAUAUAAAAACUCAAUCUUUAACAUUGAAGGAAUUGAAAUUGAUUCAACAGCUUUUGGUUACUCCUUACAUGGAUGGCAAUCCCAGGAUAGCUGCUGAAUUGAACGUUUUAUUGAAAAAUAAUUACAAAGCUGGUAUCGAGGGUUUAAUGAAGAGUCGAAUAUUUUUAAGUGAAGUGUAUCUACCGACAAAACUUGCUACCAAUAAAUUUGUUACGUAAA